AUGGACAGAAUCAAGCAAAAGCUGAAAGGUGCUUUCCGUACCGGGAUCAAGAAAGGACGAAGAAACCAGAGCUACAAGCUAGUGGAGGUGGUCGUUGAGGAUGAGACACAGGCGAAAAUGGAAGCAGUGGUGGCCACACAGUUUGGUUUUGCUGUAGGCUUUGCUGACGAGCCUCCUCCAGAACGGAAGAAAGAAAGCCGAGAAAAAGAAGAUGCAAGGCAAGAAAAAGGAGUUAGAGUACUUGUACCAGAAGAAGGUGGUGGAGGAGAGAAAGCUAAAGCUGCAGGUGUAAAAAGUAAAGACAAGAAAGCUAUUCAAGCUCCUUCAUCAAAUUUAACUUCACUAAUUCUACGUGAGAACAAGAUACGAGAUCUUCCUGGAGAGAUUGGUGCUCUAACUCGACUUACAGCACUUGAUGUAUCACAUAAUCACUUGGAGAGAUUACCAAAUGAGAUUGGUAACUGUAGUCAGCUAGCAUUCUUACAACUCCAACAUAAUGAAUUGACUGAGUUACCUGUUACUGUCGGUGAAUUAAAGUCACUACGUCGACUUGGCCUUCAAUAUAACAAGUUAUCUGAGCUUCCACCUUCUCUCUGUCAGUGUACUGAACUAAAUGAGAUUGGAUUAGAGUCAAAUACAUUAACAUCACUGUUAUUUGGUUGUGUAUCCAAGAUGUCUACCAUACAAUUAAGUCGUAAUAGUUUUGCAAGUUUUCCUAUUACUGAUCCAACUCACUUACAAGGUGUAAAUUCACUAAUGAUUGAGCAUAAUCAGAUCACUAAGAUACCACUAGGAAUAUUUUCACAAGCUCAAGAUCUGACUCAGCUUAGUCUUAGAGACAAUCAAAUCAACACGCUACCACUUGAUUUUGGUUCAUGGAUCACAUUAACUGAGUUAAACUUAGGUUCUAAUCAGUUGACUGCAAUUCCUGAGGAGAUACAAGAAUUAACUCGUCUGGAAAUAUUAGUACUUGCUAAUAAUACUAUUAGAACAUUACCUAAAGGCAUAUCUGCUUUACGUAAUCUCCGAGAACUAGACUUAGAAGGUAACAGAUUGGAGUAUCUAGCAACUGAAAUAAGUUAUCUUCGUGAGUUGACUAAACUCAAUGUGCAGUCAAAUAAAAUAACCAAUCUUCCACGAGGAUUAGGUUUACUGGUCAACCUGAAGCAUCUAAGUGCAGGAGAGAACAACUUGUUAGAAAUACCAGCAGAGAUAGGGACCCUUGAAAAUCUGGAAGAACUCUAUCUUAACGAUAAUCCAAACCUUCAGUUUUUACCUUAUGAGUUGGCCCUGUGUAAACGACUAGCUCUCAUGUCUGUAGAGGGCUGUCCUCUUAGUAGAUUACCACCUCAUGUUGUUGAUGGUGGCCCAUCUGCUAUUAUACAGUAUCUAAAGUAUCAAGGUCCUUAUCGAGGUCUUCGAUGA